AUGAUAAUACACCCUCAGGAACCAUAUCUCGCACAUUCAUCCUUUUUAAUGCCUGCAAAUAAUGAACCCAAAUCAGAUGAUCGGUUGCUUUUGACAGUACCACAACCACCACGACCACCACGACUAUCACUACGACUACUACCACCACCACCACCACCACCACCACCACCACCACCACCAAAUGCAUUUCCAUUACCGUUGCUACCUCAUUCACUACCACUACCAGUACCGCGUGAGCCGCUUCCACCACCGUUACCACCACUACCGCCAUUACCACCACCUCUAUCUCCUCAGUCCUCUUUGCCACCAUUAUCAUUCUUGAAUGUUGAUGAUAUUCCCUUCCUGAUGGACCAUUUCGCCCCGAUUCCAUUUGAACAUAUACCACCUCAUGAAUUUCAACGAAUACAAAUGUUCUGUUAUAGAUAUCCGGCACAUAGUAAGUGCAGUCAUUUUCCAUCCGUACCAAAAAUACCCCAAAUCACUGUAUUGGAAAAUGUGCCGAAGAGUUUAACUACGGACACUCCGCGGUUUGCAUUUCAAGAAUUGAAAAAAGAAAAUCGAGAAAUUCUUUUAAAGACAUGCUUAAAUGAAGUGAAAUGUUCGCAGCAAGAGGAGAAAUGGACAUUAAAGCGUAAACAAAUUGCUGCGCUUGAAAUGGACCUUGCAAAAAAAGUUCCUAUGACAAGUGACGAUAACUUGGAAGAUCGAGUCGAACUGAGACUCAUGCGAACACAACAAGUGAAGAAUUCUUUGCUACAGUUUGCUGGAAUCGCCGACUCCGUAGUACCAGCAGAUGAUGGAACUUUUCAAGAUGAUAUACUAUUAACUAUACAGCAAUCAAAUAAUUUAAUUAAUUCAAUUAAUAAUCCUGAAAUACGAAGAAAACGACAAUCAUUGUUUUUGGAUGAUUUACCAAACGAGAAGUGGAAUGUUACUAAACCGAUUAAAUAUGUUUUAGAUUCAUCUCUUGAAAUAAAUGAGAGAGAGUUAGUAAUGAAAGCAUUGGAUGAAAUUGGAUCACAAACAUGCAUAAAAUUUGAACUCGUUGAGACCCCACCAAAUGAAUCACAUUUAUUUUAUGUAAAAAUUCCUCAAUCAAAUGUUUGUGGUUUGAGCUAUAUUGGUCGAGUAGAAGAGAUCAAUCCGAUUUAUUUGAGUUUCGCUUGCGAAGAAAAUUUUGGUAUAAUAAUCCAUGAAACGUUACAUGCAUUGGGUGUAAGCCAUCAGCAAUUACGUUCGGAUCGCGACGAUUAUAUUAUUAUUAAAUGGGAAAAUAUCAAUCCAAAAUUGUACGAUUAUUUUGCUGUAUCAGAUUUGAAGAAAUUUACAAGUUAUGGUGUGAGCUACGACUACUACAGUAUCAUGCAUUAUGGACCGUAUGUUGGAGCAGUUAAUUCAAAGAAACCAGCUAUUGUACCGAAAUAUCAGAGUGAACGAUUUCUUAAAGUUAUGGGUCAACGAAAAGCUUUAAGCGAUAAAGAUGUUGAAUUACUAACAGCUAUGUAUUGUAGUAAAGGCAAGUUUCAAAAAUCAUAUCUGAAAAGAAUAUGA